ACCCACUGAGGCAUUCUUUCACCACCCUGAUGCUGUUUUCUCACUCAAAAAGGCAUGCGGAAGAGAGAGGUGUCUUACUUUCACUUUUACAACGGUUGUUCCCACACAGAUUUCUUCUCGGGCAAGACGCUGAACCGCGUAUUUUUAUUUUUUUACCAGGCGCCUCUGAACAAACUGGAAAUAAUGUUCUCCUGUUACAUAUUUUUGUCUGUUCUUUCUCUGUCUGGCUUUCUGAGCGACUUCCAUGUGUUUGGCUGUGAUGAAAAAUGUGCAGACCAGCCCGUUUUCAGUCCGCCCAGACUGGUGGUGGAGUUAGGCACCUCGGCGUCUGCCAGCUGCUCCGUUUGCCGGGAAGAUUGCCGCGACAAAUUGUCCGGUUUGGAAAAUUCAAUCGGCAGGAACCAACGAAACGGGACCACCAUUUUGUGGACGGUGGACAAAAUGAACGAGUGGCCUUCGUCCAUCUUGUGCUACUACAACAAAGGCAACGGCUCACAGUGUUGUACCACCCUGCCCAUCACCGUUUACCAGCCUCCCAAAAAGGUCGAGGUGGGGUUCCACAAUCACGACGGGCCGAUGCUGGAGGGUCAAGAGUAUCAGCUGUACUGCCGCGUUGAGAAAGUCGCUCCACUCAAAAACCUUAUCGUGACCCUGUACCAAGGGGAAAACGCACUGGGCCGGCACCACCUAAAGAACAACACGGAGAAGAAACCGUCCGACAAGAUGUUCACCAACGUCAUCAACGCCACCAAAGAAAUUGAUGGAGCCCGAUAUAAGUGUGUGGCCCGGCUGGAUCUGGAAACUGAUGGACCACUCAACGACACAAUAUCUAAUAUUGUCACCAGCACUGUUUACUAUAAGCCUCAAUUCAACGGACCCGCUCAUGGACCAGUCCGCCUCACAGCGGGGGACCCCCUUCACCUCAACUGCUCCGCUGAGGGAAACCCGAGACCCUCGGUCACGUGGAUACUCCCGUCGGCCGCCCCUUCUGAUUUCAAAGGCCGUGUCCUCUCAGUGGACUCUGUCACCACGGAGCAUAAAGGACAGUACACCUGUUCUAUUAGCAACAGCAUGGGAAGGACCACUGUUGUGUUUAACGUGGAUGUACAGGUCAACUACACCAAUAUUAUUUUAGCCGUGGUAGCAGCGCUUGUCGCACUAGCGAUCCUCGUCAUCAUCUUGCUUUAUGUCCAUUACUACAGACUGAGCCGGACUGGAGAGUACAAACUGAAGGACGUGUUGCGUUUUCGCACCACACACAUCGCCUUGCCCGCUGGGGAGUUGUAAAGGGGACGGGGGGAGGUAUGAAACGAGUAUGAAGCUGUCGCUGUCUCUAAACUGUGCGCGUAUUUGUGCAAUUUACUGAAGUCAAUCUGUGUUUGAAUUCUUGUCGAGUGUGUGGGUUCUACAUAAGUGUUCUUUGUUUUGAAAGUCAUCGGACGUAGUACUAAUAUUUGGAGGCUCACCGUGACCUGUGUGUACUGAGUUGUUUUCAUUGCCCCUGCUUGGUGCAUCUAUUUGGGUGCCAUCAUCAUACAGUGAUGCCUUGAGAUACGAGUGACCCAAUUUACAACAAUUUCACAAUACUCACAGGCAUAUAUUCUUUAUUCUCUGCGAAAAACAACAAAUAUUUCUGCAACUUACUGAGGAGAUAUGACUUCUCCUCCGAUUCCAAGUGUAUCUUGAUUAUAUUGUUAUUGUUUUAUUAUACUCCCCCCAGGUGGCCAAGGCACACACACACCAGAAGGAACCACACAAUUGCAAUGACUUAAUCAUGAUGCACAAACCGGUUAAUUCUUGAGAUGCUACUUAAUUAUUUUAUCACUAUAUGUUUUUUAUAAUGUACAAUAUUAUAGAGUACUAUUUUCCUAAUUAUAAAAGCACCUUACAAACACUCAUAUCUCAAGGCACCGCUCUAGACACGGAACUACAAUAUGUUCAUAGUUGGGCAUUCAUGAAUUUGCCUCACAUUUGUUAUCUUCUGAAUAAAAUUAAAAAAAAGCACCUAUUGGCUAUUUAUGUGCUCAGGCUGAAGCGAUGUUUAAUAUAAAAAUAUUGCUUUGGUGCCAUCUGGUACCCUUUUGUAAACUAUGUUAAAGUGACCUUCAUUUUGCUUCUACAGGCAAUUAUAAACUUUUUGGGUGGGUGUUAAGUACUUGCGGAUUUGCGCAAAUUUUUUAUUUAUUUUUUUAAAUAAUGGGGUUCACUUUACACUGGAUUGAAAAAAAACAAACUUUUUUUAAACAAGCAAAAUACAUUUUCUUCUUGUAUCUGCAAGGUAAUAAGCUUUAUAUAUUAAUUUGAAAUCACAUUUCAUCACUUUCGUCACUUUACCAAAAUCUCUUGGAUUUUAAUGUCAUAACGCUAAUCAAAAUGUCUAUUUUGUUUCUGAAGAAAAAAAAUGCACAAUGUAAAUUAAAGCUGCAAGCGGUGAUGCACGGGCCCACGUUGGGACAUGUAACAACAAGUUGGUUAAGCUCGGAUCAAGUGGACCUGAGUUAUUACAGAGUUUAGCUUUUUUUUGGCACGCACAUUGUCGAAAACGUAAAUGACAAUUUAGGGUCACCCGUCUGUCUAGGAGCCAUGGCUCAAAUUUGGGAGAAGUCGGAUAAAAUCUUUGGGAGUGUUUUUUGUUUAAGGACCACUGGGAAUGGCUAAAAAGACCGUGAAAUUAUUUUUUCUAUUCGGGCAUGAGUUCUUGAGACUUUUUUGUCAGUCUACUCGUGAUAAAUAUGGCUACCAAAUUCCAAGUGAAACUGGCUACGGGGGCUGAAUUUAAAAUUAAACUGUAUGGGACAGCUGGUUAAGAAUAUAAAGCAAAACAAUUUCAAAGAGGGUCUUCACACCACAUACUCGGUCGGGCCCUAAUACCGUGUUUAAAGCUAAAGUUUUUUUUCUUCUUCUUCUUUCAAGGGGGGAUAAAUGUCACCUAUUGGGGUCAGACAUUUCUUGCAAAAUGACUGACCUUUCUUUGUAGUGUAACACUGACAACAAGGGGAAGCACAACGAAUCCCAGGGGCAGUAAAAUAUCUGCAGGAAGUCGUUUUGCUUUCCUGUUUAUCGCAAAACUAACGCCUUCCAGAGAGCUUUUUGGCACUUCACAGCAGCUCACGUGUUUGUGACAUGAGUCUGGAAUGUCUAUUUAAAUGUUUUGAGGAUGAUAAAGUUCCUGUUCAAUAAUCAAUGACAGAUAAAACUGUAGUAGGGUCCCGGAUGCAACUGAACUUUUGACCACUGUUGAACAGGGCUGGCUAUAUUCAACUUGCUGAUAUGGUCCAUGUCUUGCUGAAACACAACACUAGUGCCAUUCAUGCAUGUUAACGUAAAUGUUUUUUUUUUCAUUUCCCCCCCUCUCUUUUCUCAAAUAUCACCCCUGAUUUAGCAGAUGUUUUCAUUGUCCACAAGCCCGGAUGCAACUGUACAUCCUGUCCUUGAGAGUUAUUGCCCUAUCAGUGUUUUCUAUAGCUUAUUUUUUGGUGUCCUGAGGUCCAAUAAAUGCACACAUAUGUCACUAUUAAUAACAAGUACUGUGAUAAUGGCUCCUGAUGUGGACACUGUUGUGAAACAUAAUUGAUAUGUUUCAAAUGUAUUUUUAAAUAUAUAUGUAUAUGUUCUUUAAAUAAUUCUUUUUUUCUGUCGCAUUGCAUCAAACUGCAACUGUAUUACUGCACAGCUGAAAUUAAAAUAAUAUGAGAAU